AUGUUUAAAAACAUUCUGUCAAAAGCUAAAAGAGUUUUUGAAGUUCCUGAAAUCAAACCAUUUCAGCAAGUUUUAGAUUUUAAGAGACCAAAUGAAGCAUCAAAGAUUUUGUUAAGGUCAGAUCAAGAGCUUGGAGGAUUCAGUACUGCAAACUUUGAUGUUGAGAAUGGUGUUGGUCAUUUCCAUGGAUAUUUGAAUUUAGAUCCCCCACCGAAUAGACCCGAUAUAAUGUAUAGUGGGUACGCCAUGUUUAGAACAAAAGAUCAUCCCAAAACAUAUCUUGGUGAUGAAAAUUUUUGGGAUUGGAGUCCAUAUCAUCAUGUUGAAAUGAGAGUGAAAGGUGACAAUAGGAAAUAUUUUGUUAAUAUCCAAGCUGAUAGUUCAAUCAUUACAGAUAUUUAUCAACAUCGAUUAUUUUUGAAUAACCCUGGAAAUUGGGAAACCGUGGUGAUACCAAUUGAUGAUUUUGUUUUGACCAACUGGGGGAACAUCCAAGAGCAGACUGGUAUUGAAAGAGAUAGAGUGAAGACCAUUGGUAUUGGGCUGUUGGAUAAGCAGUUUGGACCAUUUAACUUGUACAUUGACUAUAUUAAGGUGUUGACUGCUGCUGGUGUGAAGCAGAGAGUUAAAAAGAACGUGAACGGUGCUGACCAAGAGGAGGACAUGUUUGGAGGAGCACGAGUGUGA